AUGGCCUCCACCGCCGUCGCCGACUCGCAGUCGGCUACCCGCCGCGGAGUCUCCCGCCUCGACUCCGAAUACUCAUCGCCCUCCACAGCCGUCGCAUCGCCCCUCGACUCCCCUAGGCCCUCGGCCUCCUCCACCUCCCUCUCCUCUCUCGCCUCCGAAGCCGUCAUCGAGAGCAAGGACCUCGGCGUCCUCCUCGACACCUACGGCAACCCCUUCGAGCCCCCGGACUUCACCAUCAAGGACAUCCGCGACGCCAUCCCCGCCCACUGCUUCGAGCGGUCCGCCCUCAAGGGCUACUUGUACAUCGCCCGCGACUUGCUCUGCCUCGCCACGACGUUUUACGUCUUCCACAACUAUGUGACCGCCGAGAACAUCCCCUCGAUGCCCGCCCGCGCUGGUCUCUGGGCGCUGUACACCGUGCUCCAGGGCUUCUUCGGCACCGGCAUCUGGGUCCUCGCCCAUGAGUGCGGUCACCAGGCCUUCUCCACCUCCAGGACCAUCAACAACGUCACGGGCUGGUUCCUCCACUCGGCCCUCCUCGUCCCUUACUACUCGUGGCAGCUGUCCCACUCGGCCCAUCACAAGGCCACCGGAAACCUCGAGCGCGACAUGGUCUUCGUGCCCCGCACCCGCGAGCAGCAGGCUACCCGCCUCGGCAAGAUGGCCCACGAGCUCGGCGAGCUCACCGAGGAGACCCCCAUCUACUCCCUCAUCAUGCUCAUCGCUCAGCAGCUCUUCGGCUGGCCCAACUACCUCCUCACCAACGUCACCGGCCACAACUUCCAUGAGCGCCAGCGCGAGGGUAGGGGUAAGGGAAAGAGCAACGGUCUUUUCGGCGGUGUUAACCACUUCGAUCCCCGAAGCCCGAUUUAUGACAACAAGCACGCUGGUCGUAUCAUCAUGAGCGAUAUUGGUAUCCUCAUUACCAGCACCAUCCUGUACUACCUCGGCAACCGCUUCGGAUGGACCAACAUGCUUGUGUGGUACUUUAUCCCCUACCUCUGGGUGAACCACUGGCUCGUCGCCAUCACCUACCUCCAGCACACCGACCCCUCCCUCCCCCACUACCACUCCGAAGAAUGGAACUUCGUCCGCGGCGCCGCCGCCACCAUCGACCGCGAGAUGGGCUUCAUCGGCCGCUCGCUCUUCCACGGCAUCAUCGAGACCCACGUUCUCCACCACUACGUCUCCACCAUCCCCUUCUACAACGCCGACGAGGCCACCGAGGCCAUCAAGAAGGUCAUGGGCAAGCACUACCGCUCCGACACCAAGGACGGGGCCUGGGGCUUCCUGCGCGCCAUGUACAGGUCCGCCAGGUCGUGCCAGUGGGUCGAGCCCAGCGUCGGCGCCAAGGGGGCCGGCAAGAAGAUUUUGUUCUUUAGGAAUAGGAAUGGGAUUGGGCCUAGGCCGUUGAAUGCGGAGGAGUAUAGGACGAUGAAGCAGUCCAAAUAG